UGCGCUUUGGGACACGCUAAAGAUAUCCGAAAAAGAAGCUCCCUUGGGCUAAAUAGGAGCGUACGAACGCGGCUGUUUACGUUCUUAAAAUAUUUGACUUUCGAAGCGGUGAAUAUAUUCCCCAUUGACAGUGAAUAGAAUUAUUGAAAUACCGACAGAAUUUUGUUUUGAAUGUAAUUAUGAGACCGUGUCACGAUUUACCCCCAGUUGCCGUAAAUCUGCAACAUCUGAGAAGCUAACCUAGCAAAAAACAACAAGCGCUGGUUUUCCUCAUUAUCCCGAAAGCAUGGAGAUGGACGGUGGGGAUUUUCUGAACACUCCCCCUUUAAAGACGGUCAGGUUUGGCUGUAGCGUUGUGGAAACUUUAGCCAAGUAUAAACAGGGAGACUUGAGUGACUAUGAACUGCUGAAGCAUCAGCUGGCUAACCCUGACAUAAAGGAUGCACAGAUUAUUACAUGGCUACAAGAAUUUCGGAAUUGUGUCGCCCAGCUCACCAAAGACCACGAACAACUCAUCUACGCUAUCUUGAGGCUUCCCUGGGUGGGUCGGAGCCAGGCAGUGGUGGAGGCGUACAUGGGCUUCCUCAGUAACCUGGUGUCGGCGCAGACUGUCUUCCUGUGUGCAUGUCUCAAAAUGGUUGUCUCCCACUUUUCGCCCAAAAGAGUAACCAUCUGUGAAGAAGGAGUCGAUUUCUCUGAUUCAGAUGAUGAAGACCAAAAUCUCCCCAGAAAUUUCAACCAGUGCCAUCAGGCCUUGCAGCUCAUCACCAGAUAUGUCCCAUCCACAAGUCACUUUCUGGUGCCCAUUCUGCAAAACAGCUUUCCUUUUGUUCAAACGUCUUCCAGAACCCAGGAGUGUUAUGUUCACAACCUCCUGAAAGUGACUGUGUACAUACCAACAAUUCGACGAGACAUACUGGAGAUCAUCAUUGGACAGAUGCUCAAACUGGAUGUGAAUGCGUCCCGCUCAGAGAUUGAAGAGGCCGAAGAGAAUGCGCUACGAAGCCAACGGGCAGACAAUUCCACUGAAGAGGCCCUCUUCGAUAUGGAUGAGGACCUACUGACAGGUCCGCCCUCCAGUUUGGGGACCAUGGCCCACCCAGUGGCAGAGAGGCUUGAUUCGCUCAUGACCGUGUUGUUGGCGUACAUCAAGGAGGUCUGCUAUGUCAACGGUACUCUUCAUACAGACAAAACAAAGGAACUGUACAGGGACAUGUUGAAUGUGUUCGACAAGCUCAUCUUGCCCACACAUGCUUCGUGUCACAUCCAGUACGUGAUUUUUUACCUCUGCAGCUUCAGGCUGGCCAUAGCUGAAGCUUUCCUGGAGCACUUGUGGAAGAUUCUGCAGAGUCCGUCUCAACCUUCUGUCCACCGCCAGGCCGCUGCUGGCUACAUGGGAAGCUUUCUUGCCAGAGCCAAGUUCAUCCCUGUGCUCACAGUGCGGGCGUGUCUGGACCUGCUCAUCUCGUGGAUCCAGUGCUAUAUUGACAGCCAAGACAGCAAAGACAGGCAGGCCUGCUGUGACAUCAGCCUCCAUGGACCGUUCUACACCGCCUGCCAGGCUGUCUUUUACACAUUGAUCUUCAGACAUGGAGCAAUUCUGGCAGGCAACAUGAAGACAGGCUUGGAGUACCUCCAGAGUUUAAACCUGGAGAGGGUGGUCAUGUGUCAGAUGAACCCACUAAAAGUGUGUAUCCCAGCAGUCACAAAUAUGUUUGCAGCCAUCACCAGGAAAUAUCAGGUAGUGUUCUGCUACACCAUCAUAGAGAGGAACAACCGCCAGAUUCUGCCAGUGGUGCGCAGCUCUGGAGGAGGUGACAGUGUCCGCAACAACACCAACCCCUUGGACAGCUUCUUUCCUUAUGACCCCUACCUACUGAAAAGGUCUGGUCAGCUCAUCGGGCCCCUCUACCAAGUGUGGGAGGAGCCAGCAGACUCGGAGCUACUUGCCACUAAAACAGUCCAUCAGGACUUGAAAGAGGAUGACUACGACUUCCUGUGUGGGGAGAUGACCCAGGGUGAUGGAAUCGUUGGAAUGACACCCAGCUCCUUGGACUCAAACCCAAGUAUAGGCUCACCCCCCAUUUCCUUCCAGAGACAUGGCUAGUGCCACGUCAUGGACUGUCACACUUACCUGGACCACCCUUAACUUAGUCCACUGACUUUGCAAUGAUGCACAUUGCGUUCAUAAUAUAAUGAUGAGAACUGCUUUGAAGCCACUUCCUCAUCCUGAACGUUAAAAUGGAGUGGCCUGGGAAUUAAAGGACCGCAGUUUGGUCCUUCUAGUUUUCAGAUUUCUUUUAUGAUAACGGGGGCAAUUUAAAAAAAAAAAAAUGUUUUCCAAAUGAACAAUGUUUACUUGAGAGCCAAAUAUGUAUUAUUAGCAUUAUUAUUGUUGGUAUUUGAGGUUGUCAUUGAACUCUGCAGGUGGUUUUAGCAGUACAAUGAACUAUGUUAAAGUGAUGUUAAGUCUCUUGUGAGUCUUUUCAUUGUAAGUGGGGAUAUAAACAUUCAUAUUAUAUUCAAUUAUUUUGUGGGGGGGGGGCGGGGGGAACAAAAGGGUUUGUCAUGAUUUUUUUAAGCUCAGUAUUGUCUUCACCAGUAUAUGACAAAUCUGUUCAUUUACUGUUGCUUGUAAAGAACCCAAGACAUUGGGUAAGAAAAACACAAAGCCAAACGCCUUGGCUGACAAGCAGAAACCCAAUGCUGUUUCAGGGUCUUCAAUUGUUACUUUGACUUUAAAUUUGGAUUUGAAUAACGAUACUGUCCGGAUAUCAGUUAUUCCUUUAUUAUAAAACUGUAACAGAACGAGUAUGAGGCCACAACAAAAAUGAAGUGGUUGAAUGACAGGAUAUGACAAUAGCUGUUUAUACGGUAUGUGCGUUGUUCAUAGAAAUGUACAGAACCAUGAUGGGUGGCUGUUUAGACUCUUGACUACCAACAACACAAGCGAACACAACAGGAACUACAGUAGUGAUUUCCUUAUUGUACAACAGUGUCCCUCACAACACGCAAUGGUGGUGACUGAACAAUGUUCCAUGUUGGUCAUGUUCCAAUGGUAAAUCUUCUGAUCUGCUUCAAUUCACAUUGGGAGAAAUAAGUAAAACAAUGCAGGGAAAGGGAUCACUCGCUACUUUUUCUCAGCAGUUCAUAACAUCUAUGGCAGAGGAAGCAGAUGGUGGUGAGUUAUUAUGGAGACUCUUGGAAUUAGAUUGUCCUUUACAUGCAGUGUGAUGUGUGUUUUUUUGAAAGGGUAGAAAAUUGUUCAGGGAGAACUAUUGGGUCUGCAACAACAUCUGUGUGUUGUGGUCAUGCUUCAACACAAUUGAAGUUUAAAUAAUAGGGGAACUGUUCUCAUUGAGAUGUCCGUCAAAGUCCAUAGAAGGGGAAAUACAUCGGGUCUUGGGUGAGUCCAUCUCCAGAAGCCACACUGGAAACUGAGGAUGUCGAAUCGGAUGCAUACUUUGGCAUUAAAUUGUGUUCAAUCUGUUACGAGGACCUGCGGAUCUGAAAUAAAGUCUUACUCUGAAAAGGUGUGUAGGAUGGUGUUGGCUUUGUUUUGUACCAGAGUGGUUUCGGCAUCUGAUUGGGUAGGUCAAUUCUUUCCUCGGUCGUCGUUUUGGUUCACUUGUAGUGAGGGCUGACAUCUGGAGCGACUUCCUCCUCUGUCACUGGUCACAGGUUAGUCGAAAAGGACAAAACAAUUCAGUUUAAUGCUAGAUAUGGGAAGGAAGACAAGAAUGUAGAGGUUUUAGCAGCACGGAGAAACUAUAUAGACACGCAUUUUUGUUUUGUUUUGCCAAUUAUGAGUGUUAAGCAUUAAUUUCCCAUACCGCUUCUCCUCUCUAGGGUCACGGGUGUGCCGGAGCCUAUCACAUCUAACUCUGGGCGAGAGGCAAACUACACCCUGAACUGGUCAUCAGCCAAUUGCAGGGCAAAUGGAAACAAACAUUUGCACUCACAUUCACAUCUAUGGGCAAUUCAGAGUCUUCAAUUAAUCUACCAUUCAUGUUUUCGGAAUGUGGGAGGAAACCGGAGUACCCUGAGAAAACCCACACAGGCACGUGGUGGAGAAGCUGCAAACCCCACACAGAUGAGGCUGGAUUUGAACCCCGGGUCCUCAGAACUGUGAGGUAGAUCUGCUAACCAGUUGUCCACCAUGCUGCCAGUGUUAAGCAUGUUACCCUUAAAAGAAAAAAAAUAUAUAUAUACAUAGGCUAACAAUAUAGGCGCAUAUAUAUAUAUAUAUAUAUAUAUAUAUAUAUAUAUAUAUAUACACACACACACACACACACAGUGGGGCAAAAAAAGUAUUUAGUCAGCCACCAAAUGUGCAAGUUGUCCCACUUAAAAAGAUGAGAGGGGCCUGUAAUUUUCAUCAUAGGUAACCCUCACCUAUGAGAGACAAAAUGAGACAAAAAAAUAAUAAUAAUAAUCCAGAAAAUCACAUCUGAUUUUUAAAGAAUUUAUUAGCAAAUUAUGGUGGAAAAUAUAUGUACUCGAUUAAAAAAAAAAUGUCUUUGUAAUGAAUUAAUCACAUUUUAAUCGUAUAAGAAUAUUUGUCCUGAAAAGCGACAUGGUCUAAAUGGAUUUUAGUGGACGACUGAAUCAAAUAAUUGAUACAGACGGGAAUAUUGUUAAAAAUGCAUUUAAUUGCAUUUCAAUACAAAAGAGUAAAAAAAUGAAAAUAUUCCUGACCAAAAUUAAACGGACCUAAAGUUAAAAGUGACAUUUCAUUAUUUUUUUUUUUGGGAACAGUAUUGCCUCUAAAUGGUUUCUGCGUGGCAGUUGAAAGGUUGGCUGUACGGUGAAGGCUGCAGCUGGCUACUAGUGUGGAUUGAAUGGGUGGCAACAAUAGGGAAAUGAAAUGCCAGUAUUUUGAGGGUCAGCAACAUACAGUUUUGGGGGAAAAAAACAAGAACUAUUAACUAGUUUAUUUUUGGAAAAGUGAACUUAGUUCAAAAUUUUGAAAAAUGAACUAUAACACCCUCUUGAACAAAUCAAGAGGGUGACACUUGGAACGGUGAACUGAACUUUGAACUAGUUUGUGUACAAAAUGAACUUUCCUACCACUGAGCACGUCUGUCUUACAGUUAAGAGGUCCUGGGUUCAAAUCUCGUCACAGGCCCUCCUGUGUGGACUUUGCACGUUCUCCAUGUGCUUGUGGGUUUUCUUCCCUCCACGCGCCAAAUCAAGCAUGUUAUGUGAAUUGAAGACUGUUCAAUGUUAGCAUGUUUAAAUGCUACGGCAGCUGUUGGCCGUUACGUCACCACGAGAAUGUGAUACCUUGGUCGUCAGUAGGGAGCGUGCAAACGCCUUGCACCAGCUCUUUGGCCUCAACAGCUAGCUGCAAAGCGGGAUCGGGAAGUGGCGACAGGGUGUCUGGGCUAUCUCCGGCCGGUGAUGACCUGUUACUCCUGACACACACAAACACAAACCGCAAUGGAAAAUUAACAGAUUGGGGCUGUGGACAGCUGGUUAUGCGACUGAUGUCUUACCCAAGUUCUCCUCCAAACAGACUGGGUGUUGUUAAUACUUUGUGGACGUUCUGAGGACAGAACACGGGUACAAUUGUUAGGUAGCUCUACUGCAUUUGUUGAAGAUUGAGGUCCCAGGUGACUUUGUAUGAAUAUGUCAUAUUCACACUUUUGUGAGCAUGCGCAGUACUGUAGAUUAGAGGCAGGAUUCAGUUUAUGAAAUGUGUGUCAAUGUUGGACAAUAUCUAUAGGCCAAUGCAAGCACUCAGAACCUCGGACUGAAAAACAUUGGGAGUAAAUAGAGAGGGAAAUCACAACUGUCGACUUCUUUGCAGUUUGCAACCACGCCUGGUCAGCAGAACAAUGGAGCCGUACCCAUCCUUGACAAUUCACAAUAUUGACGGGGAUGUUGAUGUGAUUGCCUUUUAUGCAUAAACUGCAUUUGCUUGCAUUAAGUUGCAAUUCAUGAUUGCGCUCUGUAAUAUUUAUUCAGUCAGCCCUUGGUAAAUUAGAAUUUCUCGGGUACAUGUUUUUUUCAAUUAUCCAUCAUUCUUAUGGAAAGAUUCAUUUUCUACUGAAAACUGGUCACAUAUUGGUUGUUGAAAAGCAGAGGAGGGUAGUAACGCGCUACAUUUACUCUGUUACAUUUACUCAAGUAACAUUUUCCAUAAACUGUACUUGUCAGAGUACUUUAAAUGCACCAUACUUUUUACUUUUACUUGAGUAGUUAUGUGAUACUUUUACUCCGUUACAAUGACUGACAUGCCGUUUACUACUUUUAUUUAUCCAUUCUUGCUGAGCACGUCUAUUUUUAGACUCCAUCUUCGGCUUCUGCUUAGGGUGCCCGUUUGUCAUUGCUAAUGUCAUUUGACUCCAAUUCACCAAUUAGAUGACACAAGGCAGUCACAUGACCGGGCAAGUAGCCUUCGCGAGCCAAUCAAAAUGACUCGUUUUGGGGGGGUGUUGUAAACAGCCGCGCGAGUGUGUUUACUUUACAGACUCCCAAAAAACAACAACAGCUUUGUCAUGCAGCUCUUAAAUUGUGACUGCCCAUAUUUCAGCCCACUUCUAACUUGAGAAAACACCUUGGGGUAAGUUGCAGAUGUUUCUAUUGUUGUUUUGGCAGUGGAUAUGGCAACAUUAGCCCUAUCCUAUGGCGUCACCCAUGCACAAGCACAGACAAUCACUAAGUCUGGUCAGCAAACAGCUUCUUCAUUUAUUAAACAUUUAAGUGAAGCAAGUCAUGUUUCUGUAGGGCCCAAUGCAUGUGUUGCAGUUAAAAAUUUAAAUGGUGCAGGUGUGUGUCGACUCCCAUAUAUUAUUAUUUUUUUAUUUUAUUUUAUUUAAUGU